CCACCUCGUCGUCGAGAACGAAGUAUAUCGAGUAUGAAUGCGAUAAAUGAUGAAUGGGGAUGCACGAUAGACCAGUUUAAUCGAAUGCAUCCUCCCACCUUCGAUGGUCGGGGCGACCCAACCUUAGCAGAAGACUGGAUCCAAGACAUUGAAGAAAUACUUCGUGUUAUAAACUGCACGGACGAACAGGAAGUUUUAUACUCCGCUUUCAAACUAACUGGAGAAGCAAAAAGAUGGUGGAUUUCUGAAAGAACUAUCAGAGAAGCUGAAGGGACGGAAAUAGUCAGUUGGCUGCACUUCAAGCAAAUUUUCCUGAAACACUUUUUCCCAAGCUCAGUCAGAGAUGACAAGGCUAUGGAGUUCACUAAUUUAAUGCAGGGAGCUAUGACAGUACACCAGUACGCAGCUAGAUUUAUCGAGUUAUCACGUUUUGCUGCAUAUCUGAUCCCUGAUGAGGAGACGAAGGCUCGUAAGUUUGAACAAGGGCUGAACGAAAAUAUUUACGAACGAAUUGUGGGCUUUCAAAUCCAUAACUUUUCAGAGUUGGUGAAUAAGGCCACAGUAUUUGAACGAAGCAUUCAAAGAAGCGUUGCACUGGUGGGACAGAGGAAGAGGACUAUGCCACAAGGGUCUCAAUCUGCAAUGGAUCAAGGGCCGUGGAAAAAGAGAAACGAAGGGAGCAGCUCGAGUCAAAAGCAAAUGCAGGAAAAUCAAUCGAAUAACCUCUGUAAGUUUUCUAAUCAUGCACAUAUUAGAGAGUGCAAAAGAGAAGUGGGGGCGUGUUUUCAAUGUGGUAAGACCGAUCUUAUCAGGGAAUGCCCUUUGUUUCUGACGGACAACAAGAAGCCAAUUCCACCUCCAGGUUCCCAGCAUACGAAUCAGGGAAACAAUCAACAUAGAAUGAGACCGGCCCAAGUGUUUGCACUGACAUCUGAAGAUGCUGAGGACGACAAUAAUGUAAUCACAGACUUGCGGGAUCGAGACGUUGCAAGCUGCGGCAUGUACCCUGACCUGGGUUACUCGGAGAAGACCACCACUGAGACCAUCAUUUCUGGGUUGCACCAGCUAAAAAGAUGUUCUAUGAGGGGUCUGAGGCGAGCUUUGGAGCAGAGAACGGCUGCAAGUGUGGAUCAAACUGCACCUGAGAUCCAUGCAACUGCAAUUGCUCCAGCGUGUAUCCUGACCUGGGUUUCUCAGAGAAGACCAGCACUAAGACCAUCAUCGCUGGGGUUGCACCAGCCAUGAA